AUGGCGAUAUCUCAAACAAAGAUUCUUCUCCUCCUAUCACUCUUCUUGUUACCUACUUUGCGAGCCGUCCCAUACGAAGACUGUGGUCUCAAAGGUUCUCCUGUUGAAGCCACUGGUGUGGAGGUACUUGAAGUUACGAAAAAAGAUGCAAGAAUUAAGAUAUCCGGUUCUACAAGUAAAAUAAUUAACGGAGGAUCCGUGAGUGUGAGAAUUGAAGGUUAUGGCCCAGGUGAAAUCGAAUCUGACCAAUACAACCUCUGUCAACUUAUGGCAUGCCCUGUUGCACCUGGCGCCUUUAAGCUCGAGUUUGUAGAAAUGCUUCCUCCAAAUUAUUCAUCAUCAACGAUUGACUAUAGUGUUGAGCUAGAAGUUUUGGACGAUAAAGAAGAUAUAAUUAUGUGUCUAAACUUCAAAUUCAAGGCUGUAAGUCCCUUUGUGGUCUCUGCUUAG